AUGGCACCUGUUUUAGAAAAGCCACUAUUCCCCCAGGCGCUAAGUUCCUCGUUUGCAUCCAGAACACGGAAUGGGGAGACUGGAAUUUUCAUAAGUGCUGCAGCUCCCAGGUCUACCAAGCGAAACACUGCGGUCGUUAAUUAUGCUGAGUUUGAGCGAGACUUUGAAGAAGACGAUAAGGAUGAAGACUUUUACGAUGAUCUUGUCGAUAUUUCAUUGAUGGCAAACAGGAGUAAUAACUCCAACUCUCAUAUCAACGUGAGUUCCAAUUUUCAAGGUAAGGAGGCGGUGCCCACGGUUGGAACUACGUUUUCAGACCAGCAAAUCCUGUAUAACUCUUCACUACCCGAGCUGGUGAUACCCAUCAAGAUCAACAUUGAGUACAAUGGAAACAAGAUUCAAGAUUGUUUUCUAUGGAAUAUCAACGAAACUUUGAUCACUCCUGAAUCAUUUGCAGCCAUAUUCUGUAAUGACAUGGAAUUACCAAACUCGUGUAUUCAGCAGAUAGAGACUCAAAUCAACAACCAAAUUGAAGAAUUUUCUCCGUUUGUGACAUUACAAUUCCCUAAAGAUGGUGUCGACAGUAAACACUGCGUGAUACAGGUAUCCGUCAAUAUUGGAAAACAGCUGUAUGAAGAUCAAAUAGAAUGGGAUCUAAACAAUGAUUCAUACACUCCUGAACAGUUUGCCCAUGAUGUUGUUAGUGACAUGGGAUUAGCGCCAGAGUUUAAGCCUGCCAUCUCCGUAGCUAUCCAUGAGCAGCUUCUCAAACUAAAGAAAGAGUAUGUUGAGAACCCCCAAUUGAACAUAUUCCAGCAACAUAACCUUCCCAGAUACAACCAGUGCUAUCAAAAGCAACCAAAUAUAUAUGAUGUUUCUUCUGAUUACCAAGGAUUACGUUAUGAUAAGGAUGCUGGAGAAAAAUGGACUCCACGGGUGGAGUUCUUAUCUCAAUGGGAGAUCGAGAAGAGGGAGAUUGAACGUGAGAGAAAUAUCAGAAGAAUGAAAAGGGAAAGUAUGAGACAUGGAGAGGAUAGAAACAAGAGAAGGGCCACCCGUCGUAAGUAUGACGAUGACGGCUUGAGAUUGUGA